AAUACUUUAUAUAAGAGGAAGCAAGUGUGACAUUGUUUUCACUGUUGAGUAACCAUGUUUAAUAUGUACAGAACUGUUAUUGUCUUUGGAGGUCGAUGUUUUUCUUCUGGUUUGCGGGAAGGAAAGCUUGUUUUAGGAUGCGGUAGCAAUGUUGUUGAUCAUUUCUACAUGGUUCAAGCUGUACCCAAAGUUGGAGAAAAAGGAUUUUUUUCAAGUCCCAAUAAAACCCAUGAGAAAAGUGUUGUUGGUGGUGUCACAUUAAAUCACUUAAGUUGGGCUUCUGCUUUAGGAACUCCUACUGGACUAAUGGCUUUACAAGGAGAUGAUAAAUGCGGAGAAUUGAUUCGUGCAACUAUGAAAAAUCUCAAAGUAUCUACACAAUAUUUACAAGUUAAAAAAGCGUUCUCCACCGGCGAGUCAUUGAUAUUUGUUCAAGAAGACGGAGAAAGAUCUAUCAUCAUGGCGACUGGCGCAACGAGUUUGUUAAAUGAGAAAACAGUGGCCAGCUAUUUUGGAGAAGUAAUCGAACAUAAUUGCCGCAUAUUCACCACAGAAAUAUCACAAGUUCCAUUAACUGGCGUUCUCUCCCUCCUGAAAAUGGCAAAAAACGCUGGAGCAACGACAAUCUUGGAUUUAGACGUCUCCCCCUCGGUUGCUGUCAACGAGGCUAAACUAGGAACAAUUGAUGAGCUUAUACAAUGUGUAAAAACUGCGGAUAUUUUAAAACCAGCAAAACACGCUGCGCGGGAAAUGAUGUCUGUUUUAAGACCCGGAUCAGAGAUGAAUGACAUGUUUGAGUUAACCAAAUCCAUGCGCACCGAAUGUGGUUCAAGUCUUAUAGCAAUUACAUGUGGUAAAGACUCGUCUAUUUUAGCUACAGAAGACCACGUUGUUGAAGUUCCGACUGCAUCUGUGACCAAUAUGGUGGAUGCUACGGGAGCUGGUGACGCCUUCCUUGGAGGGCUUAUCGCCGGUUUGUAUCAUUAUGGACAACCGAACGAUGAAAAUACGUUGAGGAGACUGGGUCAACUGGGAAACCUAGUGGGUGCAACUUGUUGUCAAGUACUUGGUGCUCUACCAACUGAAGAGUCUCGUAACAAGCUACGCGAACAAUCAGAAAAACUGCUGGGUCACAAAAUCAGCUCAUUACCUGAUGAAAACAUUAAUACUUAUGAAGAGCAGAUUCUUCAAGGGUUUAAAGAGAGUUUAGACCUUGAUAUAAAAUAUUCGUCCAAGAUUGUCGAAUCCCUGGACAAGAAUACAGUGGAAAGAUUCGUCAGCUUUUUGGAAGAUUGUUCUGGGCGCGUUUUAGUGUCUGGAAUUGGUAAAUCAGGAAUCGUUGCUCAUCGAAUGGCUUCCAGUCUUGCUUCCACUGGAACACCAUCACAUUUUAUCCAUGCUUCUGAAUGGAUACAUGGGGAUUUAGGUAAUGUUAAUGGUGAAGAUGUGUCUGUGCUUCUCUCGCACAGCGGUAACACGAAAGAAUGUGUGGAAGUUGCCGAAUACUUGAAAAUGGGGAAUAUUCCUGUCUUAGCUAUUGUUGGGAAGCACGAUUGCUUACUUAGAAACUCUUGCGAUGUUUUGCUUUGUUAUGAUGAUGGCUUUGAUAUCGAAGAGACUUUAUCUGUUGUUCCUUCGAGAAGCGUUGUAAUACAGGAAAUUCUUAUCAACGGUAUCGUCAGUGAAUUGAUCAAACGCCGAAAGUUUGGUUUGGAAGACUUUGCUAAGUCUCAUCCUGGUGGUUCACUCGGCAAAAAGUUAAAUCAAUGUUGAAUUGAAAGGAAACGAAAUAAAAAUUUAGCCAUAGAUUCGACCUUAUCAAAUUUUUAGAAAUCUGAUUCGUGUAUAGUGACGUCAUUAACUCAUUAUAUUCUGCUUACAUGACAUUUCAAA